GUUUUAGUAGCAUUACAACUAAAUCGUAAGUAGGUCACUUGUAAUAUGAAAUUUCUGAUUUGUCCACUUCAUGCCUUCAACGUGUUAACUUGCUUCUUUUAGCCCCCUUCAUCCUUAUAUGCCCUCUUAAACAAACUUUUACUCAAAUCGACUAAACAAGAAGCAAACUAGGAAAACGCUUUUACCAUUCGAGGGGUUUUAACAAUGGUUUAAGCAAACCCGCUUAAAUUUGAACAUUCGAAUUGAAAAUCCAGUUAAUUUCACAGAAAGAUUGAGAAUUCUAAACGACAUAGAAGCAGAAUGGAUCGGAUCGAGACAGUGAAAGAGUUGCCUUUCCGGGUUGGAUUCACGGGUCACAGCGGCCAUAUUCGAAUCGAGCCGCUACCUCCUGUUAAAAAAUCCAGCUCCAUUGACUCGCUACCGGAGUUUAUAAUCCCUCCUGCAUUUGCUAGGGAAACACCAGAAUCGAUCAAAAAGUUUGUUGAGGAUAAAUAUCUUCUGCCAAGAUUGGAUCCUGAUGAAUUUUCUGCAGAAAAAGCUGGAAGGCAGUGGGAGUUUGACUGGUUUGACCAAGCAAAAAUUCACUUAGAGCCAACAAUGCCUCGUUCUGUUGUAGUACCUGCAUGGGAAUUGCCAUUCAGACGCCCCAAGCCUGCAUCAGAGAAAUGGGAACCUGCAUCCGUGCAGGUUGAUGUGUCUGAACUGAUGGUGGAAGCAGAGAGUUCUAUUGGAGUGCGUAUUAGUGGACCUCCAAAGGAUUUUGUGAAGGGAAGCAUUAACAACCGUCCUUUUCGUCCAGGUGGAUUGGAUGAUUCCCAAUCAUUGGGAAGGAACUUUCCGGAAGGUUCUUGUAAUGGUGAAUGGGUAAGGGAAGUCUUGGAUGGUGCUCCUGCACAACUCAUUCCUCCUAGUUGUAAAGAAGGAAUGGAUCUUGGACACCUCAAGGGACAUCCAUGUUCUUGGAUUAUUCAUGAAGAUAAGAGUGUGCCCAAGACAACAUCUGAGAGUACUUUAUCUGUUCAGUUUGAUGACUUAUUUAAAAGAGCUUGGGAAGAGGAUGUUAUGGAAGUUCCCAUUGAUGGGGAUACACCUGAAUCGGAAAUCAAUGUGAUUGAAACGGGGUCUCCAAAAUCUAUUCCAUUAGAAGCUGAAAAUAAACUGGAUUCACUUGACACUGAAUCAUCUGUUAUCGAUCAAAUUUUGUCAACGGGAUCCGAAGGCUUGACCAAAGGAUUUGAUGAUUCCGAUUCCGGAGAUGGUGGUCGACAGAAGGAGCCAAAAGUUUGGGCAGUUACAGGGGGUAGUGAUGGGAUUGCGGAUAAUUUUAAUGAACUUGUUCCUGAUAUGGCAUUGGAUUUCCCUUUUGAACUGGAUGCAUUCCAAAAGGAGGCUAUAUAUUAUCUUGAGAAGGGGGAAUCAGUUUUUGUAGCAGCUCAUACUUCGGCUGGAAAGACUGUUGUUGCAGAGUACGCCUUUGCACUCGCAUCAAAACAUUGUACAAGAGCAGUAUAUACUGCUCCCAUUAAAACAAUCAGCAACCAAAAGUACAGGGACUUUUCUGGAAAGUUUGAUGUGGGUCUUCUCACAGGGGAUGUUAGCUUGAGGCCUGAGGCCUCUUGCCUCAUCAUGACAACUGAGAUUUUAAGGUCAAUGCUUUAUAGGGGUGCUGAUAUUAUACGCGACAUUGAAUGGGUUAUAUUUGAUGAAGUGCAUUAUGUAAAUGAUGUUGAAAGAGGAGUUGUGUGGGAAGAGGUUAUCAUCAUGCUUCCAAGGCAUAUCAAUUUUGUUCUUCUUUCUGCCACGGUACCUAAUACAAUAGAGUUUGCUGAUUGGAUUGGCAGAACAAAACAAAAACAAAUCCGUGUAACAGGGACUACAAAGAGGCCAGUCCCACUAGAGCACUGUCUAUUUUAUUCGGGAGAACUUUACAAAAUCUGUGAACAUGAGGAGUUUAUACCACAGGGACUAAAAUCCGCAAAAGAUGCCCAUAGGAGAAAAACCAUGGCGACAGCUGGCAGUGGUUCAGGGGCAUAUCCGUCACUUCCCACCACUCAUGAAAAUUCCCGCUCUCAAAAACCAAACAGUUUUGCAAGGGGCAAACCGAUUAAACAAACCGGGCCCCAGAAUUUGGGAAACUUUGGUGGUGGUGGUGGGCGGGGCAACCAAGGAUAUGGUGGUGGCAAUAACAAUUGGGGGAAUAGAGUAUCAGAAAAAUCUUUGUGGUUAUCGCUUAUUAACAAGCUAGGAAAAACCUCCCUUUUACCAGUGGUGAUAUUUUGUUUCUCAAAGAAUCGGUGUGACAAAUCAGCUGAUAAUCUGCGUGAAACAGACCUCACAAGUCGUUCUGAGAAAAGUGAAAUCCGUGUUUUUUGUGAUAAAGCAUUUUCUCGAUUAAAGGGAUCUGAUAGGAACCUACCACAGAUUGUGAGACUCCAAGGGCUUCUUCACAGGGGGAUUGGUGUACAUCAUGCUGGUCUGCUCCCGAUAGUCAAGGAAGUAGUUGAAAUGCUUUUCUGCCGUGGUGUAAUUAAGGUUUUGUUUUCAACGGAAACAUUCGCAAUGGGGGUUAAUGCCCCUGCUAGAACAGUUGUUUUUGACACAGUAAGGAAGUUUGAUGGGAAGGAGUUUAGACAGUUACUGCCGGGAGAAUACACGCAAAUGGCGGGGCGGGCGGGCAGGCGAGGACUGGAUAGUAUCGGGACGGUUCUGGUGAUGUGUCGUGAUGAAGUCCCGGACGAGAGUGAUUUAAAGCGUGUAAUUACGGGCAGUGCAACCAGGCUGGAAUCCCAAUUCCGCUUGACAUAUAUCAUGAUAAUGCAUCUCCUCCGUGUUGAAGAAUUGAAGGUGGAGGACAUGCUGAAAAGAAGUUUUGCAGAAUUUCAUGCUCAGAAAAAACUGCCCGAGCAACAGCAACUGCUCAUGCGAAAGCUUGCUCAGCCUACAAAAUCUAUCGAGUGCAUAAAGGGUGAGCCAGCGAUUGAGGAAUACUAUAAGUGGUACUUUGAGGCUGAGAUGUAUAGCACUCACAUAAACGAAAAAGUGUUGCAAUCUCCCGUUUCUCUGUCUUUUCUUCAACCUGGAAGACUCGUGGUUGUCAAAUCACAAUCCGUUGAGGACCACUUACUUGGAGUUAUCUUAAAGGCACCUUCCUCCACCAACAAACAAUACAUUGUUCUGGUUCUCACACCCUCUUUACCAACAACAUUACAAACCUCCACAUCCAUGGAUGGCCCACAAAACAAGUCAGCUUCCACUGCUGCUGCUGGUGGUGGUCUUCAGAUGCUAAUGCCAAAAUCCAAACGUGGGAUGGUUGAUGAUUAUUACACUUCUGCCACUGCCCGAAAAGGUUCGGGCAUUGUCAAAAUCAAACUGCCCCACCGUGGUAAUGCUGCUGGGGCAGCUUAUGAGGUGCGGGAAGUUGAUACCAAAGAGUUUUUGUCGAUUUGUAAUGUGAAGAUAAAGAUCGAUCAAGUUGGGCUUUUGGAAGAUGAUAGUAGUGCAGCUUAUUCGAAAACUGUACAGAGUCUUUUACAACAAAAGUCUCAAGAAAAUAAGUAUCCUCCAGCUCUUGAUCCCAUUAAAGAUUUGAAGCUGAAAGAGGUGGAACUAGUGGAAGCUUACUACAAGUGGAAUAACUUAUUGCAAAAAAUGUCACAAAACAAGUGCCACAAUUGUGUUAAAUUAGGGGAGCACAUCAAAGCAGCUCAAGAGUUAAAGAAGUACAAAGAGGAAGUCGAUGCAUUAAAAUUUCAAAUGUCAGAUGAAGCACUUAAACAAAUGCCCCAUUUUCAGGGUCGCGUACGUACAAAUAUUAAAUAUAUAUUUUUUCUACAAUGA